AUGCCUACACCGUACAUCCAGCUGCCCUCAUCUGCCACCGACGAAAAGCCGCGUAGACAGCUCGUGACUCCUGCAAGAGCCGGUAUUGUCCUUAUCAUCACUCUGCUCGCUGCUCUCUUCGUGUUCUCUCCUGCUUCCGACAAACCCAUGUCUGGUCCCGGACGAUCCAUUGCCAACCCUGCGGGAUGGUAUUCCCGUGCGACACCUCAUCCCGAUGGUUCCAACUAUGAUGUAAAGAAGGAGAACGUUGUCCUCGGACUGUUGAGGAACUCGAGGGUUGAGCCUGAAGGCUUCAGCGUGGCUCUCUUCAAACCAAACGUAGCAGUCGAUGCUAUGGGUCGUGUCUGGACCUUGAAUGACGUGGACUUUGAUGCCCUCACCAAGUUGGCCACUCUGACCAGGGAGCUCCCCGACACUGGUGCCUUCCGUAACCAAUGGCGGGUAAAACACGACCGCACUGACUAUCCAAUCGACCAACUCUACGUCUCCACCUCUGCUGGUCUCCAUACCAUUGGCGUCUAUGGCCACGAUGGCGAAACUACAACCCUCAAGCCCCCCGUUGGCGACAUCACCGAGCUUCCCACCACGUUGAACUCCCUGGUUACGCUCGCCAAAGAGGGCCGUGAAGGGUUCCAGAGAGGACAAGAGAAUUCUGAAGUAACGAACAAGGUUAAAGCCUGCUUUGCAGAUGAGUAG